AUGAACGAAAUAAAGUCACUAGAGCACGCUACUUUGAAGGUGCCUUAUGAAGUCUUCAACAAGAAAUACCGCAAUGCCCAGCGCAUCCUGGACGUGGAGGCUCGGCAGAUUAGCAGUGCAGCUGGAGAGUUGGACACAACAUCUAAGAAGAGUGGAGUCACUGCUGGCGAGAUAGACACCAUACUCGGCGGAAUGGUUGAAAAGUUGAAGACGAUGAAACGCAAGGCGUCCGAGGCAAUCAGCGAGGAGGUGCAAGCGGCUUAUGUCUGUAAGAAGCGGCUCGAGCACCUCAAGGAGCAGGCAAGCGCCCAGCAGGAGCCCGCAUCGGCGCAGGCGUCUUUGACACAUUGGCGAAAAGUGCGACUCGACCGUAUGCUGGUCGAUUACUUCCUCCGCAACGGCUACUACGACUCGGCGGGCAAGUUGGCGGACGCGAAGAACCUUCGGGAACUCACCAACGUCGACAUCUACCAAGCGGCGGCGGAGGUGGAGAGAGAGCUGGCAGCACGGCGCACCGCCCGCUGCCUGCAGUGGUGCGCCGACAACAAGUCCAAGCUGCGCAAGCUCAGCUCCACGAUGGAGUUCAACAUCCGCAUACAGGAGUUCAUAGAGCUGGUGCGCGAGGACAGGCGCCUGGAGGCGGUCCGCUACGCGAAGAAGCACUUCUCCAACUACGAGGAGGGCCAGUUGCAGGACAUACAGCACUGCAUGGGCAUGCUCGCAUUCCCAAAGGACACCGACGUGGAGCCGUACCGGUCGCUGCUGGAGGUCGGCCGAUGGCGCGCCCUCGUGGCCCAGUUCCGCUGGGAGCACGCUAGGCUCCUCCACCCGGCGCGCCUCCCCUUGCUGCCCGUUGCGCUGCAGCUGGGCCUGGCGGCGCUCAACACCCCGCAGUGCUUCAGCGAGAGCACCAAGGUGUCCUCGUGCCCCGCGUGCGCGGCGCCGCUGAACGCUCUCGCUCGCACGCUGCCGCACGCGCACUGCUCGCACUCGCGGCUCGUGUGCCGCAUCUCGCGCGAGCCGCUCAACGAGCACAACCAGCCGAUGGUGCUGCCCAACGGCCAGGUCUACGGAGAGAAGGCAUUAAAGGAGAUGAUGAAGGAGCACGGAUCCAUCAUCUGCCCCAAGACCAAGGAGGUGUUCUGCAUGAAACGCGUGGAGAAGGUAUACGUGAUG